AUGGCAGGAGCAAUCAUAGAGAACAUGAGCACUAAGAAAUUGCUUUUCUUGGGUCUCUUUAUUCUUGUUUUUCAAGUUCUUUCCAUCUUGGUUGGUGCAUUUAUUGCUCCCAGUCCCACCAGUGCCAUCCACUACUUGGCCACUAAAUGCAUAAAUCGCCACAGGGCGCGUGUCUGGCUGGUGCCGUGGGGAUCAAACAGGUGCCAGCAGAUCCACAGUUUCGACGAGCCUUUGGCAAAAACACUGGAUGCCAAUGACAUCGUGUUCGCUGUGCAUGUACCUCUUCCCAACAAGGAGAUGAGCCCCUGGUUUCAGUACAUGCUGGCUGUUCUACAAUUUGACAUUGCAUUCAAAAUGAUCAAUCAGAUCGAAGAUGAUGUGAUUGUCACUAUCGAUGCUGGCCUUGCGUACAGGGAUGAUUUGGCAUCUGAGUGGACCACGGAAUUUCACUCAGUGGAGCAAAGACCACUCAGGUGCACAUUUGAAGUCCCUAAGAUCUAUGAAAACGAAGGCCGCUUCUAUCACUGUGACCCCAUACCAUUUAUGGAACUGGGGAGUGUGGCCCACAAAUACUUUCUAAUUAACAUACGCUUGCCAGUUAAUGACACAGUGAAUGUUGGAAUUGGAGAAAUAAAGGACAUCCAUAUAGUGGACAUCCACCAGAAUGGAGGCUUCACCAAAGUGUGGAUCAGCAUGAAGACUGUCUUCAGCCCCUGGAUAUUUCUAGCUACAGCUUGGUACUGGCACAGGAUCAGCCUCAUGGCGAGAUCACCAGUCCUCCUGGAAAAGAUAAUAUUUGCCCUGGGUAUCUCCAUGACCUUCUUGAAUGUGCCAGUGGAGUGGCUCUCUUUGGGCUUUGAGUGGACGUGGAUGCUGCUGUUUGAAGAUGUCCAACAGGGUGUCUUCUACUUAACGCUCUUCUCUUUCUGGAUCAUCUUCUGUGGGGAACACCUCAUGGACCAAAGUCAGAGGAAUCGGCUGUCAGCAUACUGGUGGCAGGUGGGACUUGUGGUGUUCGGUUCAUCUGUUCUUCUCAUAUUUGACCUGAGUGAAAGGGGGGUUCAUUUGACCAACCCUUUCUACAGCGUGUGGGCAUCGGAGGCUGGGACGAACCUUGUGCUUACCUUCAUUAUUGUGGCAGGGAUUGCCGCUUGUCUCUACUUCCUCUCUCUUUGUCGCAUGGUGAUUUGUGUGUUCAGGAACAUUGGUGGGAAAAUCCAGCAACUUCCUGCGAUGCCUGAGGCUAGGAAACGGCGUUAUAAGGGUAUCAUCUUCAGGUUCAAGUUUUUGAUGCUGGUAACUCUAGCAUGUGCAGCCAUGACUGUCAUCUUCUUCAUCUUAACUCAAGUCAGUGACGGUCACUGGCACUGGGGAGGCUACACACUCCAAGUCCACAGUGCCUUUCUCACUGGGAUCUACGGCAUGUGGAACCUGUAUGUGUUUGCCAUUAUUUUCCUCUAUGCCCCCUCCCACAAGCACUACAGGAACAAGUCAGGAGACAGUGGACAAACAGAUACACUGGAGAAACCAGAGAGCCAAGAGACACAACUGACAUAUGGAGAGCAGGGGCCGACAGAGACCUACAGGAUCACGGGGAAGGUAGCUGAGGAAUAGACCCAAU